CGCGCGCCCACACCCAACCUGCACUGUAGUGCCCGUACGGUGAGGCGGCGCAGCCCCUGCAGUGUAUGCGGGACAUUGUCUUCCUCGGCGCGGCUGUGUGUGGCGAACUGCGCGUCCUCGGCAGCCAGGGACAACCGGGCUCUGUUGCAGCACCCUCCCACCCCCGUCAGCGCCACCACCACCACCACCUUUCGUUAACAUUUCCCUGCAUUCAUUCUGUUUGCUGACACACUGAGGCUCGUGCUCGCGCUGCGGCUGCUCGCAUCAUCCAUGCAUUGUCAAUGUGGAUAGUGGGCUUGUUUACUGUGCAUCAUCUGACUGGAGAGGAGGACGUCCGAGUGGUACCAUGAGCAGCACGGUGUUUCAGCAGCAGGCUGUCCACAGCCCUCUGGAGCAGCAGAGGCAGAAACAAAAGCAGGGAGGAGGUGGACCAAUCCCCUGUCAGAACUGUGGGAAGCCCUGCAAAGGGGAGGCGCUCAGGGUCCAGAACAAACACUUCCACAUCAAGUGCUUUGUCUGUAAAGUAUGUGGUAGUGAACUGGCCCAGGGAGGUUUCUUUGUGCGGCAGGGUGAAUACAUCUGUACUCUGGACUACCAGCGAAUGUACGGAACUCGCUGCUUCAGCUGCCAGGACUUCAUUGAAGGGGAGGUGGUGUCCGCCCUCGGCAAGACCUACCACCCUCGCUGCUUCGUCUGUGCCUCUUGCAAACAGCCAUUCCCGGCCGGCGACCGAGUGACAUUUAACGGGAAGGAGUGUAUCUGCCAAAAGUGUACCCAGCCUCUGCCUGCCAACAGCCCUGCACCCAUACAGGCUGUCCACAACUGCUGCGGCUGUGGGAAGGAGUUUAAGAAUGAACAGUCUCUCGUAGCGCUGGACAAGCACUGGCACCUGGGCUGCUUCAAGUGUAAAGUCUGCAACAAGGUGCUCAAUGCCGAGUACAUCAGCAAGGAUGGAAUCCCCUACUGUGAGAUGGACUACCACGCCAUGUUUGGCAUCCAGUGCGAGAGCUGCAAGAAGUACAUCACCGGAAAAGUCCUGGAGGCUGGAGAAAAGCACUACCACCCCUCAUGUGCCCGCUGUGCCCGCUGCGAGCAGAUGUUCGCAGAGGGAGAGGAAAUGUACCUGCAAGGAUCCACUAUCUGGCAUCCUCCAUGCAGACAAGCAGCCAAGCUGGAGGAAAAGAGCAAGAAGCAGGUCCGGAUACAGCUCAAUGAUGCCCCUGCGCAACAGGUGACCCGGACAUCAUCUGAGAGCAUCACUUCAGUCCCGGCUUCCAGCGCCUCGGGCUCCCCCAGCAGAGUCAUCUAUGCCAAACUCGGAGAGGAGAUGCUGGACUACAAGGACCUGGCAGCCCUUCCAAAGACCAAGGCCAUCUAUAACAUAGACAGGCCUGACAUGCUGUCUUACUCUCCAUACGUCAGCUACCCGUCUGAGGAGAGACACUACGGAGAGUCCCCUCAGCUGCUUUCUCCCACUCCUACAGAGGGUGAUGGGGAGAAGUCGCCCCGGCAGCGGAGACCCUCCAGCCCCAGUUCCAACAGCUCCCUGGGGGGCUACGGACGUUACACCCCGUCCCGUUCUCCCCAGAAUUACAGCCGACCAGGGCCUGAGAUAUACCUUGGCAGUAGACCCAGCAGCCAGGCCCGUGACUCCAGUUCCCUCCCUUUGCCUCCAAAUCUCAUGGGUGCCAUUAAGUACCCCUCCACCUGUGCAAGGGACUCAUCUUCCCUCCCCAUGUACUAUUCUGGUGGUACUGAAGGCAGUGGUGGCGUUGGUGGUGGUGGCAAAUGCUCACCCACACCAGCAGGGGGCAGUGCAGGCUUGUCCUUUCACCUAAACCCCACCACUCUGGCCAUGCUGCAGCAGCACAACUACAUCCCUUACUUCAGAGGUAGUGAAAGCGGCCGGAGUACCCCCAGCUUAUCCACCUAUUCUGAUGGCAAAUCCCCCUCCUCUGCUUCUACAUACGUGGCUGCUCCCCGGCAUUUCCACAUACCAGAGACUAUGGUCAAAGAUAAUCUUUAUAGAAAACCCCCCAUCUACAGACAGCAUGCUUCUAGAACAUCCUGGCAGGAUGGGGAGGAUGGCAAGAGGACCAGCUGGAUGAUCUUGAAGAGUGAAAUAGACGGACACAUGGGUCCAGAAGACCUGGAUCCUCGCAAAUCCACCUGCAGUCUGCCCACUGACACCUCCCAGCCUAAUUUCCCCUACAAUAAGUCUGCUUCCUUACCUGGAUAUGGACGGAACGGCAUCUACAAGGCCGCUGAGAUGGUGGAGGAUGAAGUGGACCCAGACUCCCAGAGCUGGGGAGGCAUGAGAGAAUACAAGAUUUACCCUUAUGAAGUUCUGGCAGUGACGCAUAGAGUGAAAGUGAAGCUUCCCAGAGACGUAGAUCGCACCAGACUGGAGAGACAUCUAUCUCCCGAGGACUUCAAGCAGGUCUUCGGCAUGACCCUGGAGCAGUUCGACCGCCUGGCCCUCUGGAAGAAGAACGACCUGAAGAAGGCGGCGCGCCUGUUUUAGCCCGGAAAAAAAACACAAAAAAUCUCAACAAGCGUCCAUCCUGCCCCGGGAGGGAGGCAGAGAAGAAAAACCAACCCAUCAGAAAUAUCUAUAUAUGCACCGCCAUGAUACCCUUACUUUCCACCUGUAAAACGCCAUGCCAUCUGCCUGCGACGCUGCGGAGAGAGAGAGGCGCUCUGUGCGGGGUGGGGGGGGGGACAUUUUCACAACGUCGAGGCAGCGUCUCUAGCUUUUUGUAUGCGAUGUGGCCCGAAUGUUUGACUGACGACCUCACAGGAGAGGAUGAGGAGCUGCGUUUUGCAUGGCCUGUGUUGACGCUCCUCGCCUCCCGUGUGGUGUUUUUUUUUUUUCUGCAUCCUCUCCCCUCCCCGGCCAUCUCGAUGCCUCCGUACACCCCAAAAAUAACAGCUUUGCGGGCCUUCCUACAGGCUUCUGUGGUUCAGACUCUUUUAUGUGCGCCUUCCUCUACUUUGUCGAACCUUGGCUCAUCUCUCUGUUGCCAUUUUGACUGUGUAUCUGUCUCUACAUAUCAUCUGUUUGCUGCUCUGCCUUUUAUUCUCUCGCUGUCUCUCCGUCAUUUCUUUCCCUGCACUGAAGUGACUGUUACAUUGUCAAAGCCAGUUCAUCUUUUAACACCUUCGCCAUUACUUUAGGACAGAGACGAGACCGCUGACUUUGUGCACGCUCACUGUUGAAGCGUUGAGGAAUAGGAGUAAGCCCCCUGCAGAAAGCAUACAGCACAGAGGGCUUCCAGGGUAUUUUGCAAAGGUGUCAAACGCGCAGAGUGACGUCCCUCACAUCGAAUCAAAGAACAACAAAAGAAAUUAUUUUUAUAAGCUAUUUUUGACUCCAAUCAUGAGACGCGGCUGAGAGAAAUCAUGAUUUUGUUACCAGAGCAACAAAAAAAAAGAAAGCCCAUGCUUUGUUUUAAGCUUCACAAAACCUGCAGCAGCACUUAAGCGUAACAAGUGGGGUUCGUGCUUGAUUUAAAAAAAACAAACAAAAUAACUCAAUACUACAGCUCAGUACAAUAUUAUAUCUUCUCAGAUAGAGAUUUAACUCUUUAUAUGUUUGUUGUUUGGAAGCAUUGUUGCGUACAGUUAAACAAAAAAAAAACUAAAAAAAAAGGCUCCACAUUUAAGCUGAAAGUCCGUCGGCUUUGCUUGAUGAUUUUCUGGACCGUCAAACCGAUCAACUCGCCAACUAACAUACCGUAAGAUGUAUGUGAACAUAUACUGGGUAUAUGCCAGAUAUAUUUGUCUGUAUACAAGCCAUGGUGUAUAACUCUUCAGGCAUGCAUGAGGGUGGGAAAAUGGGGUUUGUCCACGGGCCUCAGUUUAAAAAUGUAUGAAAACAUGAUCAUUAAUGUGGUUUGAGUGAUUGAUUCUUUUUCUCAAAUGAAUUGCCUGGUCAGCUGCUUACAUGCGCUUGUGUUAGGUUAUUUAUUUAAUUGCAACAAUUGAGGAAGGGAUUUCAUUUUGAAACGUUAGGGGGGGGUAUAGUGUUGAAUGAGUAGCAUCACCGAGAAGAGCUUUUUGAAGUGAAACAUACAAUUUUGAGUUGAAUCUGAGUGUCAAAUGAUUUUUUUUUUUUUUUUUUUUUUUUUUUUGCUCCUGUAA